AUGUUUGAAACAUUGCUAACAGAAUUCAGACAUGUAGAAUUAAUAAACGAAGAUGAAGAUUUGCAAGGAAGAGGAGUCAAUGUGGAUGUAUUUGAAGGCUUUGAAUUUGAGAUGCAAACAGUAGAUAUAGCAGAAGACCUCAUUCCAGGCGGAAAUCCCGAGCCGCAAUUGUGUGGUGACCCCUCAACUUUCAUUGCGCAAAUGCCUCUCUUGUCCCAUGACGAUUUUUUGAUUCUAACUAGAAAACUAAAUGAUGCUCAAAGAGACACAGAAGCUGGUAGUAAUCCCGAUAAAUUAAAAAUACCUUUAACAGCUUUUACCGGUAAAGCUGCAUUCGCAAUAGGAGGGCAAACAAUCCAUAGCGCACUUGGACUUCCAGUGUCUCAAGCAGGCAAUAUUUUACCAGAGCUGUCGCCAAGUGUGGCCAAUACUCUGGCCACAAAACCAGCAAAACUACGUUUAAUUGUAAUUGAUGAAAUUUCAAUGCUAGGAUCCAGGACAUUCCAUCAAAUAAAUCGUAGACUUCAGCAAAUAUUUCAUUCUUCUACCUUCUUUUCUGGAAUUUCAGUGAUAGUAGUUGGAGACUUCAGACAAUUACCAUCUGUUGGUGACAACUGGGUGUUUCAAGCUAAUUCUCGAAAUCCUUUAGCAGAAAUAGCAGGUACGCCGCUUUGGGAUUUAUUUGUACUGACAGAGCUUAAAGAAAUAAUGCGUCAAAGGGAUAAUGUUGCCUUUGCAACGCCAUUAAAUAAUAUGGCUAGUGGAUGUAUGUCACCUGAAGAUGUCAAUUUAAUUGAAGGUCGGUGCUUUAGUAACUCAUCACUUCCAGACACGUGUAAGGGCGCAGUUAUCUAUUCAGCUUUUUCUUAUUCAAGUUGA